GUUCAGAACUAAGAUCACCAGAGUAAGACUCGUCAUCUUUUUGCUACGCAAAAACCCUUUUUACUGAUAAUGGAGUAACAGGAACGAUUAUGAUUUUUUAGACGAUUCAGGGCUUGAACAGAAGGAUCGAAUAGAUCUUGAUAGUUCAGCACCGAAAGACCCUUUUGAAUUUCCUGAUGCCACACCACCACCACCUCCGAGAAAAAAAGUGUUUGAUUUUUCAACAAUAUCAAAGAAGAACAACGUCUCUUCGCCGCCACAAACAAAACAAAGUAGCCCACCUCGUUUCUUGGACAACACAGAGAAUGACGAAUUUGAUUUUCUAGACGAUUCACCACCCAUACCUUCACCAACCACACAUAUACUUGACGAAGAAGAUGACUACAUGUCGGAACCUUCUUCAAAAAUAUGCGUGUCGCCGAUAAGACGUGUGUCGCUGGAUUCAUUAGAAGAACUAUCUCCUAUUCGAUAUACAAACCGAUCCGAAACACCUCCUCCGAAAAUUUCGUUAGAUUCUUCUCCUAUACGCGAUAAACCUUCAAGAAGAGAAUCUUUCUCAAACCAAUCCAAAUCAAUUUUUAGUGACGACGAAGAAGACAGUUUCUUGGAUAAGCUGUCUUUGAAGCCAUCUAGUAUCAGCCGUAAACGAAAGGCAUCACCCUCCAAUAUCAACUUGAUCGACUUAGACUCCGAUGGUUCGCUGCCUUCCGUCAAUGAUUUCUUUGAUCAGCUCAUGUCUCAAAAGGAGGACCGAAAGGGAAAAGGAAGAGCUUAUUCGCCAGCACAAUCGCGCAGCGAAGCUAUGUCCGAAUGUUCAUCUGUGAACGAUGAAAUGCCGGACUUAUCUGCCAAAGAACAAAGGAGGUUAGAUGCUGAGGAACGAAAACGCACACAAAUGCAAGAAAAACUGCGAGCUGCAGAAGAGAGAAAGCAGCUGGCAGAAGAGAAAAAACGGAAGCGCGAAGAGCUAUUAGAGGAAAAGAAAUUGGCCAAGGAACGAAAAAUAUUGGAAAAGGAACGAAACGCUAUUUUCGAAAAGGAAAAUAGAAUCAAGAGCAAUAGGGUAGAAACUAUUAAAGAAAUGAUUGUCGAAAUGCAUCCUGACUUUGUAGAGACGAAGGCUGGCGAGCUAUUGAAGAUGGUCUUGGAAAAAAAAGAGACGACCAUCCGUGAAGGAAAUCGAGGCCCGUACCAUCUUUUAUGGAAAAGAAUAUGUACAUCAGAAUGGGAUGAGGAUACCCUGGCUUUUAUCCCUUACAAGGAACCAAAAGUUAUAACAGAACCCUUUGUACUAGUCUAUGUUGAUAUCUAUGAACUAUUCAAACAUAUACAAGCAGACACUACAGAUGAUUAUGUGGAUCAUAUCAAAAGUGCCACUGAGCCUGAUCAUCAAAUAUUCCUUCUAGUUGAAGGCUUACAGGCAUAUUAUAGAAAGAAGAUUAACUUGGAAAGAAGGAUUUUUGACGAGCAAAUCCGAAGUACAAUUGAUGGUGCAAGUACAUCAGCUUCUCGACGCAAGAUUCAGCCAGAAAUAGAAAACGGACCGAGUCAUAAACAAGUGGAAGAGGCCGUUAAUUACUUGAUCUUGAAAAAGGAUAUCAUGUUUGUUAUGACCAAGAGUGAUGAGGAUACUGUUAGUUGGAUUGAGAGUCUAACAACGGAUCUCGCUUUGGGAAGAUACAAGAACAAAAACUUAAAUAGCACAUACAAAUCUCGAAAAGCAUGCUCAGAUCCCACAGAAAAUUAUUCCAAAAUCUUGCAGGAAAUUCAAUUGUGUACACAGGCCGUUGCUACUAGCGUCAUGAAUGAAUAUCCAACUUUACAAUCCUUACACAGAGCAUACACACGUGAAUCGAAAGUAACAGGAGAACAACUACUUGCAGAUCUGGAUGUUGAACGAAGUGCAUUGAGUGCUCGAGACCGUAAAGUUAACAGAAGCAUGUCCAAAAAGAUCUACAGAAUUUUCUCCACUGAUGAUCCAAACGAAGUGGUCAAUUAAAAAGGUUUAAAUGAUAAUAGUAACAAUAAUAAAAUAGGUUGUCUUGGAACAGUGGGUUGACUUUAUUCCAAUAUGUACGCUCGCGGAAUAAUUCAAAGUAAAGAUAAUGCUAUGCAAGUUCGUAAUCACCUUGAUUUUUUGUCACUGAUUGCACCGAGAACCAGUGUAUUAUCCCAAUGAUACCUGACACUUGAUUAAUAAAAGUUAUAUGUCUUUUAAAUGACUUGAAAAGCUCCCUUGAUUUGACAGCUGUUGAACCUGUAAGGAAUUAUUCAUGUUUUUUAAAAAAAGAUUUAUUUUCCCUUUGCCUCUAGAAAGAAGUGAAACAACGGG